AUGGACGGAAGUGCCAUCAUAACUGAACUCUACUACCAUCACGCUCUCAGACGAAAAUUCGGGUGUCUUUCGCUCCUGGAAUCUCUGGCAAAAGAAAAUAAGGAGUUUCUCCAACGUGGCAAUUUCAGCCACUUCUUGACCGGAGCCUCUCGUUUACUUAGGAGGUACGUAAGACUCCUGCAAGCGACAGCACUUGGCCAGUUCACGAUCGUGACGCACCUGGCUGCAAUCGGAAAGAAGAGCAAGUUGGAUCAAUGGGUAUCCUCCGAUCUGACCGACCGCGACCGCGAACGCCGUGCUGAGGUGUGCACUUCUCUGCUAUCGUACGAGCGCACAAACGACUGGCUGGAUUCCGUAGUCACUGGAGACGAAAAGUGGAUGCUGUACGGCCCUAUUUCCCUUGCGGUAUUCACUUCAACACCUGACAAUGUGGACUCGACCUUGUGGGUGAUCGCAUGUCUCCGAAAAGCGCAUCUGGCAAUUUACCAAAACGUGACUUUUCAUCUUGUCUUCCCCAUCCGACAAGUGGCAGAAGAGCUGGACGCCCUGACAAUUAUAUUUCAUGACAAGUUGUCCUGUCAGUCAGCCCUGGAGUUUCUGUCCCAAGAGAAAAGCAUGAGUAAUAAUUAUGCCCGACGCGACGUGCAAUAUCCCCCCAACCUACUAAGGAACGUGGGUCGGCGUGGAGCCAGAACGGAGUUUGUGUUCGUCUUAGACGCGGACUUUCUACCUACACCUGGCAUGAGGAGGGAGUUCCUUCAAUUCGCAGAAAGGGAACGGCUUUUUUCCCGCGAGAUGGUCAAGCACAAGAUCGCCUACGUCGUGCCAGCAUUCGAAAUUCAAAAGGCGGUGGCAAUUCCGCAAAAUAAAUCAGAACUAAUUAGCCUUUGGGAUAAAGGGAUGAUUCGGCCCUUUUACAGCGCCACCAUAUCCUCAAUGACGCAGACACCGACAGACUACCACAGAUGGAGGAUAUUACCGAAAAAGAGGGAGAUCUCUGUUGGGUACGAGAUUCAAUGGCACCAUAUGUACGAACCGUAUGUGAUCUACAGAAACUCCGCUCCUUUCUUCGAUGAAAGAUUUCGACAAUUCGGUUGGGACCGCGUCAGCCAGAGCACGUCAGCAAUUGAAAAUGGGGAAAAGAAACAAAUGGGGAAGAGUUUCCAUCCUUAUGAUUCCCUCAUAGUUCCUCCAAGGAACGCGAUGAGGAGAGAUAUGGAGAAAAUGCUGCUUUUCUACGCCAUGAAUAUUUAUGAGCAUGCACAUUUUGUUCCAUUGCUACCUGGGGAUUACUAG